GUCCAACCCUGCAGUGCUGCCCGGAACUGAAAAAAAAACAUCGCAGCUGCAUCGUUUGCAUUGACGUCACUUUGAAAGUGCAUCGGGUGCAUUAAGCAUGCUGACGUUUUGUUUACUAACAGGAAUUUGUUUGAAUGUUACCUGCAAGUCGCCCCAAAAAUUUGAAAAUUUGAAUGUUUUAAAAUGGAAGUCCCUGAAGAACAACGUGAACUACCCGAUUUACCAUCAGAUGUUGUCUUGAUGAUUUUCGAUCACCUAAAUUUCCGUAGUCGGCUGACCGCGUCGCUCGUUUGCCGUCAGUGGAACCAGUUGGCGUUCACGGCCAAGUUCAUGAACCGAUUGUGCCUUUCUUUGGACAUUCGAAAUUUGGAUGGUCUGGCCAGUGCUGGGACAGUACUACAAUCGUCUAACAGGCCGUACAAGCACAUGAGAAUAGUGUUCCAAGGCUGUAGACAGCAAAGUUUAUAUUCGGUUGUACAGCUACUCCAUCCAAUGCACGGGUUGUUGAGUCUAGAGAUGGUGUUCUAUUUCUAUUGUUUUCAAGAGAAGCUGCACAUCGUACUGCAAGAAGUUCUUGAGAAUCGUCCAUCUUUGACGGCCCUGUCAUUUGAGAUACGAGGACGUCUUAUGAACUGGGGAGGCUUAUCAGCCGAUUUACUAACGAAACGUUCUUCAUCGGUGGUGAUUGAUGUAGAUGAAGAGCAGAAAAUAUUCCCAUCAUUAACUAGUUUGACCAUCAAAAGGAAUCCAGAUAUGUUUAACCCAAGAUUUUUUGAAAUGCAGGUGUCUCCAUCGUAUCUUACGUUCCACUCUCCGCCAAAACCGGAAAUAAUACCAAACUUGAGGCACCUGACGAUGACCUGUGAAACAGAUGAACAAUUGCAACUCUUCUCUAGUUUAUCCGAGCAGCUUGAAACAGUAUCAGUAAUAUCAUUCGAUCCGCAUGGGCUGCAAAUCGAGUCAUUCCUAGAACUCAGUUUCCCUCAGCUCCUGGACUUGAAAAUCUGCCCAAUCAGUCUACCGCAUUUCAACGCAAUGGCCAACUUUGUUCGAAAGCUGCGAAGGAUUCGAAUUCUUCAACUUGAAGAAGUCCUAAUCGAUUCCGAAAUCAUUGAUGCUAUAUUUGAAAACUGCCUGGAGCUGCAUCAACUUGGACUGCACAUGGACUCAUUGGAUGCCGGUUGUUUGAGAAACAUAAGCAUCCUUAAGAACCUAGAAAGACUAAUCAUGGUUGGAAGAAGGCCAGUAAAAUACGGAACAUACGAAGAUUAUUUCAGAGGCGGCAUAGGGCAGCUUCUGAAUCUCAAGUCCCUUUCAUUCCAACGGUUUAGUUUCCCAUCGAAUGCAUUUGUUUCUAGCUUGGCGCGAAUGAUGUGCAACCUGGAAGAGCUACGACUGCAUGAGUGCAGAGCAAAAAACAAUAUCAUCGGGCCAAUAUUCGACCAUUUCCCAGGUCUCACCCGACUGGAGUUUGUCAAAGUGACCCAUGGAGGAGCCCGACCGAUUUGGCCACCCAUGCUGGUGAACGUCAGGUUGAUUAAUUGCGCCUGGGUAACCAGUGAUCAUCUUACCAAGUUGAUCCAACGAUGUCCCAAUCUACGACAUUUGAACAUCUAUGGGUGUGGAACUUCGAAGGAUAUGCUGCAGAAGAUUGCCGAGAUCGUUCCAGCGGGAUGCUUUGUCGAACGGACACAUAACUUUGCGCCUUCGGUGGCGAGAAUGGUAAGUUGAGAUGAUGACUAUUAAAACAUAACUUAUCUAAGAUUUUAA